UCGUUUCCUGAUCUCGUUUCGGUGAAGUCUCUGUCGGAGCUCCAGAACAACUGGCAGAUGUAUGGCGACGUGGAGUUCAGCGAAGGGCGUGUUAUACUCACCCCUGCACCUUCACUCUUGCAAAAAGCCACCCGAGAAAUAACCAGCGGCGCUGCCUGGUCCAUAAACAAAAUUUCAUCCGACAGCUUUUCGUUGCAGUUCACCUUUAGAUCGGUGGGUGCUUUUGGCUUCACAGGCGCGGGAUUGUCGCUGUGGUUGCUCGAUCAGGAUCCUGGAUCCGAUACCUCGAAUUUUGGGGGACCGUUGCAAUAUUCUGGGCUGCAGAUUCUGCUGGACGCCAAUGAACAGGACCUGGGACCUGUAUUCAGGGUGUACGUCAACGACGGUUCGCGGAAGAUCAAUUUGGCACAAGACUAUCUUGGAGCGUACACAUACAGCUUCCAGGACUCACAGGUCCCGUCCACUUUGAAACUAGGCUACGAGAACAGGAAGCUCAAGAUCACGUGUGACAACAAGCUGCUAUUCGAGACAGAUGCCAUUAAUCUGGAUCCUUACUUGAAAAAUAUGCGUGUGGGUAUCACUGCGGCAUCCUCAAAGGAUGCUAAGAAGGCCGAACAGUUUGAGAUUUUGAUGUUCAAGUUCUUCGACAAGGUGAUUGAG